UGCGCCCCAAUAUUGCGCAAAUGGCGGUUACGCCGUAGACGUGGAUCCGUUUUCUGCACGUUUUAUUUUUUUCUUUUGAUUUCCUCCUUUCUCACACCGCCAACAAAACUUUACUCUUUUUAUUUACCAUUCCUCUACCACCACAGAAACUGUAAAAUGCGCUCGCUCGUGGAAACGGCGCUCCUCAAUUUUCCCCGCAUGUCCGAAGGGGUGUAACUCACUCGUGUAUCCUUAUGCCAUCGAGGAUAGUAGCAUGACCGAGAAGUGCAUUCGCGAAGAAGGAUGCCGAGCCCAUCAGGAAACGAAGAUCCUUCUGAAGUACCACCGACCGAAAACCGAAAUGGGGAUUUGACGAAGGGCGAUCCAAUAAGGACGAGCACGAUAGAAGAGCUUAAAUCAAAGUUGGGAGCUAAAGAAACAGACGAAACGGAAGCUAUGAUCCCGGAAACGCAGCGAUCGCACGGGCAGCAGCAGCCUCACCUCAACGAGGAUGGCCUCAUCGUACCCAAGAAACUCAUCAAUCCGGUGCUGGACAGCAAGGAAAUGCAGAAACUGCAGAAGGAGCUGCUCUUCAAUCAAAAGCUAGGCAAGAAAUUGAAUCAGAAGUCAGAGCUGGUGAUGGCCAUGGAAAAAGUCAAAGACAACAAAGCGAAGAAGGAGCUGGAGAAGAUCAACGCGGCCAAGAAACCUGAAUUAGAAAAAGUCAUCGCGGACAGAGCGAGGCGAAUGGAGAACAAUUCACCAAUCCAGAACGAAGAUGACAGAAGCUUGAACAAAGAUCUUCUCCAGGUGAAGGCGAAGUUAAAAGCCACAACGGACUGCAAGUGAAGAAGGACGAGAGGAAAAACAUUUUUUUCCCCUGAAGAAAGAAAGAAAAA